ACAAAAGUUCUAAUUUUCCUUCGUGAAAUCCAAUCUCUCGUCCGUUCAGUUUCCCUCCUUUCCUAAUUUUCCUCAAGAUCUUCUCAGAAGUUUUAUUCAAAUCUUCCCACAAAAUCAAAUUCAUCUAAAAACCAAAAAAAAGAUGCACAGAUCAUCAAGCAACACAAGAGUAGCAGAUGAUUUCUAUAGAAACUCAUCUUCUUAUUCAUCUCUAGCCACAGCCAUCAAUGGCGACGACGACAACCAUGGAAAUGGUAAUGGAAAUCUUCCCAUGUACAAUCCAGCAUCUUACCCUGCUAAAAAGGAAAAAUCUCGUCUUAGAUCCGCUGUUAAUGUUGUUCAUCUUAUCCCUCUUGUUCUUGUCCUUUGUGCAAUUAUCCUAUGGUUUUCUUCCAACCCUGUUGAAGUUGUGAGCAUGAACCCAGGUUCAAUCGGUGUGAGAAUUGAAGGGGGGCAGGGUGGUGAGACUAUCAAUGGCAACCAAAACGAGUUGCAAUUAGAGCUGGAAGAUCACGAUUUGUUGCAUCAUCAUCAGCGCCAACAGCAGCAGACAAUUGAUAGGAAGCGUUCCGUAUGAUUGAAGACAGUUAAAUUAGUUGCAUCCGUUUACUCUUUAACUCACGGAGAGACGAAGAGACGCUGGUCGCUGCAAACACCUGUGUUUCAGAAUUCUCUGAAGAGAAGGGUAAUCUAGAAAACUACAGAAUGUAGAAUCAAUUACGCUUAGAUUAGAGAGAUGUUUUUUCAUCAGCUACUCUUGCUGAUAUUGCUGCUACGAGUAGGCUACAUACAUACUUCCCAUUUGGAAUAUUUCACCUCAAGAAGAGAGAAAUUUAAUUUAUGUUUUCGACACUUAUUUAGAAGAUAAAAUAUAUUCAUGUGAGAGCUCGUUAAAUUCGUCUUAAUGUAUACCUUUUUAUUAUGUAUUUUUUAUAAUUUUUUAUUAUGUGUAUUUAGAGAUAUUAAGGUUUAAAAUUUACUUUGAAAAUUGUGUAAAAAAUAAACGAAAAUAACAAAAAGAAACGAAGGAAGUACAUACAUAUACAUGUUUGGAGAAUAACUGUAUAAAUAUUUAUUUUUGUUCUUUAGUAGACUUGUGAGAUUUUACAUUAUGAGUACUUUCACCUCUAUUUCCCCAUAAAAUACUUAGUAUGAACCGUGUUGAAAAGCGGAAGCGACUUAAACAGGAAAAAUCUAGUUGAAUAUUGUAGUUAAAGGUGCAACUCGUGAACUAGA